AGCAGCUGGCCGCCGCCAUUUUGGCCGGUGGCGGCAGGAGCACGUUGCGCGGGCGAGAGGGACGAGGCGAGAGCCGCUUCGCCUUCUGCAUUUCCUGUCCCCCCGACCCGGCGAGGGGAUCGUUCCCUCCAGCAGAAGAGCUGGAUAUUCUUGCUUUUUUAUAAUUAUGGCGGAUAAAUUAACAAGAAUUGCUAUUGUCAACCAUGACAAAUGUAAGCCUAAGAAGUGUCGACAGGAGUGCAAAAAGAGUUGCCCUGUGGUUCGAAUGGGAAAAUUAUGCAUAGAAGUUACACCCCAGAGCAAAAUAGCAUGGAUUUCUGAAACUCUUUGUAUUGGUUGUGGUAUUUGUAUUAAGAAAUGCCCCUUUGGCGCCUUAUCAAUUGUCAAUUUACCAAGCAACUUGGAAAAAGAAACCACACAUCGAUACUGUGCCAACGCCUUCAAACUGCACAGGUUGCCUAUUCCUCGUCCAGGUGAAGUUUUAGGAUUAGUUGGAACAAACGGUAUUGGAAAGUCAACGGCACUAAAAAUUUUAGCAGGAAAACAAAAGCCAAAUCUUGGAAAGUAUGAUGAUCCUCCGGACUGGCAAGAAAUUUUGACUUAUUUCCGUGGAUCUGAAUUACAAAAUUACUUCACCAAGAUUCUAGAAGAUGACCUAAAAGCCAUUAUCAAACCUCAAUAUGUAGACCAAAUUCCUAAGGCUGCCAAGGGGACAGUGGGGUCUAUUUUGGACCGAAAAGAUGAAACAAAGACACAGGCAAUUGUAUGUCAACAGCUUGAUUUAACCCACCUUAAAGAACGGAAUGUGGAAGAUCUGUCAGGAGGAGAGCUGCAGAGAUUUGCAUGCGCUGUCGUUUGCAUCCAGAAAGCUGAUAUUUUUAUGUUUGAUGAACCUUCCAGUUACCUAGAUGUCAAGCAGCGUUUAAAGGCUGCUAUUACAAUUCGAUCACUAAUAAAUCCAGAUAGAUACAUCAUUGUGGUGGAGCAUGAUCUAAGUGUGUUAGACUAUCUCUCCGACUUCAUCUGCUGUUUAUAUGGUGUUCCAAGUGCUUACGGUGUCGUCACCAUGCCUUUUAGUGUACGGGAAGGCAUAAACAUUUUUUUGGAUGGCUAUGUUCCAACAGAAAACUUGAGGUUCAGAGAUGCAUCGCUUGUUUUUAAAGUAGCUGAGACAGCAAACGAAGAAGAAGUUAAAAAGAUGUGUAUGUAUAAGUACCCUGGGAUGAAGAAGAAGAUGGGAGAGUUUGAGCUGGCAAUUGUAGCUGGAGAGUUUACAGAUUCUGAAAUCAUGGUCAUGCUGGGAGAAAAUGGUACGGGUAAAACAACGUUUAUCAGAAUGCUUGCUGGAAGACUUAAACCUGAUGAAGGAGGAGAAGUACCAGUUCUAAAUGUCAGUUACAAGCCACAGAAAAUCAGUCCCAAAUCAACCGGAAGUGUUCGCCAGUUACUACAUGAGAAGAUCAGAGAUGCUUACACUCAUCCACAGUUUGUGACUGAUGUAAUGAAGCCUCUGCAGAUUGAAAACAUCAUUGAUCAAGAGGUGCAGACAUUAUCUGGUGGUGAACUGCAGCGAGUAGCUCUUGCACUUUGUUUAGGCAAACCUGCUGAUGUCUAUUUAAUUGACGAACCAUCUGCUUAUUUGGAUUCUGAGCAAAGAUUGAUGGCUGCUCGAGUUGUCAAACGUUUCAUUCUCCAUGCAAAGAAGACAGCUUUUGUUGUGGAGCACGACUUCAUUAUGGCCACCUACCUAGCAGAUCGGGUCAUUGUUUUUGAUGGGGUUCCAUCUCAGAACACAGUUGCAAACAGUCCUCAAACCCUUUUGGCUGGCAUGAACAAAUUUUUGUCUCAACUGGAAAUUACAUUCAGAAGAGAUCCAAACAACUACAGACCACGAAUAAAUAAGCUCAAUUCAAUUAAGGAUGUAGAGCAAAAGAAGAGUGGAAACUACUUCUUCUUGGAUGAUUAGACUGAAUCUUGAGAGCAUCAAGCCAUUUAUUUACCAGAAUUUAUGUUGUAUGAAAUUUUAAUCAGGUUUUAUGGCCCUACCUACUCUGGAGCUUGAAGUAUGAUUUCCAUAAUGUAACAUCAAAAGCCAGCUGUAUUGUAAAUUGUCUAAAAACCUUUCUUAAAGAUAAAGUUCUUUGUGCAUAAUACUCUAAAAUGAUGACAUUUCAAACUACACAAAUUACCUCCAAGUUUUCAUGAUCUGUGGGAAGUUUUUCAGUUCAUGUAUUAUAUUCAUGUACCAAAUGCUGACUAGUGUUGCCCCAUUUUAAAGAUCUUGGAUAAGAUUUCUGUACUUACCUAUUUUGCCAAGUAUGCCACUAUAAUGCAACUGCCCUGUUUGAAAAGCCAGUCAAAGACUACACUGAUGAGAUUUGAUAAAUAAACAUCGGGAUUAUGUUUGCUA